UCUGAAGGUCGCUUAAGAUUUAUCUUACAAAAUGAAAACGUAAAACCUUUCACUCGGAAAUAGUGAUGAGCAAAUAAGACUUUCGAUCCAACCGAUCCGAAUCUACUUCGCGAUCGAUUCUCCGCAUCCGAUCCGAAUCUUUCUUUCGAAACAAGUUGUUUGUUUUUGUGAUGAAGGUGAAAGGAGAAUGGUUUUUGGGAUGGAUGGAUUGAACGCAAUAUGUGGAGCUUAACAACAUCUCGACACAUCCGACCACAAGUAAGAAUAAUUUUCGGGUUCCGAUGCUAACUGAUCCGGAACAUUUCGAUCGCAAUCCGAAUUCCUUUGAAUCCCAUUUCUGAAUCCAGUAUCAAGAUCCAAGAUCGAUACGAUCGGUCCGGAUCAAUCCAAACACGAAUCGAAACUCCGAAAUCCGAUUCCGCAUCCAGUAUGCCCAACACUACAAAGAGACUCGAAUCUCCGGAAUUUUAUCACUAACCAGAGACAUUCAUUCAAAAUGUUUCACGCGAUCGUGCAGUGCGUUCUGUUUUUCGUUACCGUCUACUGUUAUCGGCUAUGGCAAAAUCGUCGAACGUGGAAGUUACUGGGCCGUUUACCUGGCCCACCGAAUUUUCCACUCAUCGGUUCGAUGUAUCUCAUCCCCGGUAGAGAUACAUCCCGAUAUCUUAAAACAUUGAUCGACCUAACAGCCACUUGUGGACCUGCUUACUGCUUCUGGCUCGGACCCAUACCGGUAGUCAUCGUUAGUUCGGCUGAUCAUGCUCGAACAAUAUUGAACUCACCAGCAGCGGUAGACAAAGCGUACUUCUAUCGCUUUGCACAACUCCAUGGAAUUUUUUCGCUUCCAGCACAUAAAUGGCGAGUCCAUCGGAAAUUGAUUCAACCCACCUUUAAUCAGUCCAUUCUUCGUAGCUUCAUACCGGUGUUUGAGAAAAAGGCUGAAACAUUGGUGCUUCGAUUGUCUGAGCUCGCCGAGAAGGAUCAACCGUUUGAUAUCUAUCGCUUUACCGCCAAGUGUACGUUGGAUAUGAUUUUUGCCACAACGCUAGGAACUGAUAUGCACAUUCAGGAAGCUUCUACUUGCCGCUAUUUGGAUAUACUUGAAGAGCUUUUCGAAAUCGUAACCAUACGAAUCGCCAAUGUUUUCCUUCAUCCACAGUGGCUUUUCUGUUGUACCUCGUUGUAUCGUAAGGAGGUAAAAGCAUUGAAAGAAUUUUGUCGUCCAGCUAAAACAAUUUUACACGAGAAACGAACUACUGGAAUGUUGAGCGAAUGUUCAGACAAGCCCUUCAGUCUUGUUGAUCAGCUACAGAGCACAACACUCGAUAGCGAAGCCAUCGAGAAAGAGAUAAUCGCAAUCAUAUUCGCUGGCAACGAAACAAGUGCCCUGACCGUGGCCAACACUAUCCUUCUGCUAGCGAUGCAUCCAGAGGUACAGGGAAAACUUUUCAACGAAUUGCGAAUUAACUGUGGCCUUGAGGUGGAAAACAUUAAUAACGAAACUUUGAACCGUCUCACCUACAUGGAGAUGGUACUGAAGGAAUCGCUGCGAUUCCUACCAAUUGUCCCACUCGUUGCACGAAAAAUCUCAGAAGAAAUCGAUCUUGGUGAGUAUCGUCUGCCAGCCAAUAUCAACGUCGUUAUCGACAUAUUCGAUAUUCAUCGCAACCCGGAUUAUUGGGGAUAUGAUGCCGACCGAUUUCGUCCAGAGCGGUUUGAAGGGCUCCAGUACGAUCGGUAUGCAUUUCUGCCCUUCAGUGGUGGGUCACGGAAUUGUAUCGGCUAUCGGUACGCCUGGCUUUCGAUGAAGAUAAUGCUGCUGAAGGUACUCACACGCUACCGAAUUGAAACCGAUCUAAAGCUGGAAGAUUUAGGCACGAAAAUAGCUCUUACGUUGAAAAUUGCUAACGGACAUAUGGUGCGCCUGAAAAAGAGACAAUAAAUACACGAUUGCCAAU